ACUUAAACUGUGAUGAAACUUGUAGCUCAUCAGCUUUCUCCAUGCCUACAGCUACAACCAUCUCAUCCCUUCCUACGGAAAUUCUCGAGAUUCUGCUCUUGUGGGAAUAUCCAAAAUGUGACACGCAUUAUUUGAAAAGAGAACUCCUUCGACUGUCUACCGUAUGCCGUCGUUUUCGUGAAAUUCUCGCACGCCAUAUAUAUCGCCAAUUUUCAUCCAGUUUGGACACCCGCCACCCACAGGCGCUUAUCGAAACAUUUUCUUUCCGUGGGCACUUCAUCACCACUCUCACAAUAAGUCUUCAGGCCAUCCAUCGAACGGGGCCUUCUCGGCCUUCUCAGAGGCUUUCAACUUUACUAGCGCUCUUUCGAUCGUCGACAAAACAUCUGACGAGCCUUCAGUCUCUCUAUCUCAACAUCAGACCCGAUUUCGGUGUAUACGCGCACUCUUCCUCAUCCUUUUUUCCUUAUCCCCCACCUCCAUCUGACAGUCGUCUUUUCACGGCGGAGCUCGAAGAGUUGAAAUCCCUUUUUAAAUCCCUUCCUCCUCAACUCGAGGAACUCAUACUCGCCGGUUUUUCCUGGCUGGAUGCUGCUCAGGAAGCCCGCUCUCGGCCACCCCUUGCCACAUCUAAUUUCCUGAGGGGCUGCCCAAAAGUCAAGGACAUCGAGUUGCCCGCUUCUUGGUGUCCCGAGGCGGAAUGGUUCCGUAGAGCCUUUGACGGUCGGCAAUUUGAGCACCUGCGAAUCGGUUUCAAGUAUUGGGGAUACCGUAAUUCAGCGACUCAUUCCUGUACUUCUAAAAAGUGCGAAUGGAGCGAAAGUAUCAUUGCAGUCUUCUCCAAUUCUUCCCAAUCUCUUAAAAGUGUUACCAUUGGCACUCCAUCGUUUCCUUACGCCCUCUUGAAGGCCGUCAUGCCUGGAGUCACAUCAUUAUCUCUUUUAAGCCUUGGUUUCGAUGAUGAUAGUUCCACCCUUAAUGCUUUCAUGAGGCCCUUUCUCAAAUCGCCUUUGGAGCGCCUAACCAUCAUGGAUUGCAUGGAGACCCCGGAAUCUUUAACAGAGUACAUAGAUCCCAGACCCCACAUACAAGCUUGGCGAGGUCAGUCGGGUUUUUACUGGCCAGCGUUGAAAUAUUUCAAGGCUGAUUUCGAACUCGAUCAACUCUCCAAAACAACACGUUAGAAUGAAGAUAAAUACGGAGCUGUAGAGCCAUUGAAAUGAGCGAAGAAUAUCGGCCAAUGUCGUCUGGGAGUGGCUCGACAGAUUUGUGAUCUUUUAAUGGAAUAUCGUGGUUUACGAGUUUUUUUUGCACCAUUUAAUGUCUCGUGUAACAUUUUUCAAUCUAAAAUACUCCAUCGACUC